CUAGAAAUGUCAAAUAAUGUAUUUGGAAUAUGGAAUUAAAAACACAUAGGAAAAUAAUGAAUUUUUUACCAUUUUAUAUUGUGAAUUAUCCUACAAAUUCAAUCAAAAUGAAGGGAAUUCAAAAACAGAGGAAAUUUUAUUGAGUGCAACUUCAAAAAAGUAAAUUAAGCAAAGCAUAACCUAUAUUAAUUGGUUUUUUAUUUUUAUAAAAUAUACUGUUUUCGAAAGUUUUUUUUCUAUUUCUCAACAAUUAUAUUGAAUAAUGGCCAAUUCGUACCGGAAGAAUGUGGAUAAAACGUUCAAAAUUCUGCCAGAAAAACCGAAACCCUGCGUCAAAAGAAAAAGUGCGAAACCUUUACAUUUAGCAAGGGUCGAAAAAGCUUUAGAUGUUAAUCAAUUUCUACACAGCCUCAAAGUUUCUACAGAAGACACCAGUAGUGAUAGUGAUGAAGCUAAUAACGAAGAAUUGUUGGGUUUCAAGGUUGCGGACUUUAUAACACCAACCGAUUACUACAACUUCAGCAAUGUGUCCGGUGAUAGACAAUGGUUAGCAGAUAUAUUACAAGAAAAUACAGACAGUCCACCUGAGGAGGUACAGUACCAACAUAUUUUAAAGUUGCAUUCAUAUCAAAAAAACCUCAGACAGGGAAAAAAGAAUUUCAAUGAUUAUAUGUAUUAUGGAGCUGGAUUAGUAAGCACAGUUGAUCAUUAUGCUGCCACAGAGAAAACCAUACCUUCACCCUUAUCAAAGAAAAAGAGACGUGAUGAAACGUCUGAGACACCUUUAUACCCUUCAAAUAUGCUAGAAGAUAUUGCUGAGGAGCCUUGUUUAGAUUUGAACUUAGAAAAUGGAUUAGACUUCCAAACUUUUGAUGAAGACUCGUCUAAUGUACAGUGUAAUUUUAAUUCGUCUAAUAUGUCCUUAUCAUCUUCAUCAACUGGUCAACAACGAAAAAAAGUUAAGAAAUUUAAAGAUGAGGAAGCUAAAAAGAAAUGGGAGGAUAUGAUGACUAUCAAAAGAAAAAGAGUUUUCUCCAAUUUGAUCAAAAAAGAAGUUGGUAAACAACAAAGGUCGAAAUCCAAUAGACAUAAGGAAACCCUUCUCCAGUGUAAAAGAGUUGCACAACAGUGUGCCAAAGUUGUCAGGCAAAAGGCUGUUUUAUCAGCCAGAAUUGUCAAAGAGCAGCAAUGGCGUAUGAAACGUCUUGCUAGGGAAAAUAUUGCUUAUUGGAAACGAUCCAGAAGGUUAGAUCGUGAAGUGAAAAAACGAAUGGAGAGAGAAGCAGAAGAACAGAGAAAAAUCGAUCAUGAACUAAUCGAAGCGAAAAGACAGCAGAGAAAGCUCAAUUUCCUAAUUACUCAAACUGAGUUAUAUGCCCACUUCAUGUCGAAGAAGUUGGGCACUGCAUCUGCUGAGGAACAACUGAGGAUAUUGAACCAAUUAGACGAGGAAAAAAAUCCAAGGCUAGCAGCUAUCGAUGAAUAUGAUAGCGAGAUCAUGAAAGAGAAAGCCAAAAAGAAUGCCGAAGAAGCUUUCCUAAACGAGCGUACAAGGACAAAACAUUUUGAUCUUGAAGCAAAUUCCUCAUUCAUAGAAGAUUUGGAUCCAGAUGGGGAGCAACCCCAACCAAAAAUAUUCAGGGGAAAAUUGAAGGGAUACCAGUUGAGGGGAAUGAAUUGGCUAGCUAACUUGUACUCUCAGGGUAUAAGUGGCAUUUUAGCUGAUGAGAUGGGUCUGGGGAAAACUGUUCAAAGUAUUGCGUUUUUGUGCCACAUAGCAGAGAAAUAUGCUGUGUGGGGUCCAUUUCUGAUAAUAUCUCCAGCUUCUACUCUACACAAUUGGCAACAAGAAAUAGCGAAAUUCGUUCCAUCUUUCAAAGUUGUACCUUACUGGGGCAAUCCGAAUGAGCGUAAAAUACUAAGACAAUUCUGGGAUCAGAAAGAUAUUUAUACCAAAGAAGCCAGUUUCCACAUUGUGAUAACAAGUUAUCAGAUUGUCAUUACCGACAUCAAGUAUUUCAAUAGGAUAAAAUGGCAGUACAUGAUAUUGGAUGAAGCUCAGGCUAUAAAGAGUACCAGCAGUAUGAGAUGGAAGACCUUACUAGGUUUCAGCUGUAGAAAUCGAUUACUUCUCAGUGGAACUCCAAUUCAAAACAGUAUGGCUGAGUUGUGGGCUCUACUACAUUUUAUUAUGCCAACCUUGUUUGAUUCACAUGAAGAAUUUAACGAGUGGUUUUCCAAAGAUAUCGAAAGUCAUGCUGAAAAUAAAACUGGGAUUGAUGAGAAACAUUUAUCAAGGCUUCAUAUGAUUCUGAAACCUUUUAUGCUGAGAAGAAUAAAGAAAGAUGUGGAGAAUGAACUUUCUGACAAAAUAGAAAUAAUGGUCUACUGCCCGUUAACUACUAGACAAAAAUUAUUGUACAUAGCUUUAAAACAAAAAAUAAAAAUAGAAGACUUAAUCCACUAUAGCGUUGGAGGUGGAGAUGCACAUAGUGUAGAUAAAAAUUUCACUUCUAAUUUAAUGAAUUUGGUUAUGCAGUUUAGAAAGGUAUGUAAUCAUCCCGAGCUAUUCGAAAGAAGGGACGCUAAAUCUCCGAUAACACCAACAUCUGUAAUGUACCACGUUCCUCGGUUGAUAUACGAUCUCAAUUUGCCAGAAUUAAACUUUUUGUUGAUGCAGAAACAUUUCUUAUUCACUUGCAAAUAUAUAGCUUCUGCUGUUAUCAAUGAGUCCGAUACUAUAUUCAAUUUCUGUAUGGAUAUGCAUUUAAGUUUCAAUGAGAUAUACCAAAUUUUCCAAGGGAAUAUUCUUAAACGGUGGCAACACUACUAUUAUUCACAAAAUAAAGAAAGGUUGACAAAAUUUAUUGAUGAUUGGAGCUCACCAGUGGAUCGAAAACCAUCAUUGAAUAUUGUAUGCCAUACAUCACUUACUGAUGACCUAACCUCAAAUUUGCUGCUUCGAGACCUAAUUUUCACUCGCAACAAUUGUGCCAGCAAAGUGAUUUAUGGACAUGCAAGGCAUACUUAUUUUUCUACAUCCGAACAAAACUAUAUGGAUAACUUGGGAGUAUCCCAAGAAAUCGAUAUGGAAAGCAGUAAGACUGAUGAUAUACAGAUAUCAAAAUUUGGUGAUAGUAAUAUGAAAUUUAUCAAGAAAGAGUAUAUUUCUUCAGAAUUGCCUUCAUUUUUAUCCAGCCUAAUACCAAAGAUACAAAAUUGUAAUAUCACCCUAUAUUGCUCCUCGAGACGGGCUGCUCAUGCAUUCAAAAGACACACAGAUGAAUUCUCUUAUAGUUCUCUCAAUUUUUAUUGGACUGAAGCAACCGGUAACGAGGCAAACAAAUCUCCUGCAAAGUAUUUGUAUCCCACUGUAUAUAGCCCUAUCGAUAUUUUAAAACCAAUCAACGGAUGGUCUAAUAUCUAUAUCCCAGAUAAAGAAACUUUGGUUACCGAUGCAGGUAAACUAUCGGUUCUUGAUAGCCUACUGAAAAAGCUUAAGAAAGAGGGUCAUAGAGUGUUGAUUUAUUCUCAGAUGACGAAGAUGAUUGAUCUUCUUGAGGAAUAUAUGUGGCAUCGACAUCACAAAUACAUGAGGUUAGAUGGUUCCUCUAAGAUUUCAGAAAGAAGGGACAUGGUUGCAGAUUUUCAAGCUAGGACUGAUAUUUUUGUUUUCUUAUUGUCAACAAGAGCUGGGGGCCUGGGAAUUAACCUCACUGCCGCAGACACUGUUAUAUUUUAUGACAGUGACUGGAAUCCAACUGUAGACCAACAAGCUAUGGAUAGAGCCCAUCGUUUGGGGCAAACAAAACAAGUUACAGUCUACAGAUUGAUAUGUAAAGGAACAAUAGAAGAAAGGAUUCUUCAAAGGGCAAGAGAAAAGAGUGAAAUUCAAAAAUUGGUUAUCAGCGGUGGUAAUUUCAAACCAGACACAUUAAAACCGAAGGAAGUGGUAUCUCUUCUACUUGAUGAAGAAGAACUAGUCCAAAAAUUCCAUAAAUCAUCCGCUAAGGUUGAGCAAGCUGUAGUGCCGAAGAUCGAGCCUAUCCUAACCGUGCAGGAUGCUGAGAAACGUAAAAGGAUCGAACCUCCGUUCAAGACCAUUUCCGCCGCUGCUGAACCAAAAAGGCUUAAAACGCACGAUACUAAUUUCGAGGAUCAGUUUUUGAAUGUAGAUAGCACCCCUACGAGUCCUCAAAGUGUAACAUCUAACGAUGUUUUAACGGAUGACCUCUCUGAUGCGAGCUUUUUCGAGGACAAUGAAGGAUCUCUCAGCAGCAAAUAUACAGUAUAUAAUGUGUAUGGGUCAGCAGUUAAGCCAAGAACACCUGCUAGGGGAUCUUCAAAGAGGGGAAGACCAAGAGGUUCCAGAAGAGCUUCGACCCUGAAUAGAAUAAAUAGUGGUUCUGCCACAAGUGGAAUUUUCACUUCAGGUUCAGAUAUGAGUAUAGGGGAUGGAAAUGCAGCUAACUCGAGUAACGCAGCGGCAGAAAACUCUGGUGCUGCUGGUAUGUCUUCUCCUGUAUCAACAGUCCGUCGAGGUCCUGGAAGACCCAGGUUGAAACCUUCUGGUCCUCUGAAUACAAGUACUCGUGGCACUUAUAAGCCAAGAAAGCCAACCAGGCCUUUACCUGUGCCUUUACCCUCUGAUGGAACAAACACAACUAGUAGUACCAGCCACUUAUACUCCAGUUACGUGUUUGAUUUUCCGGAACAACCCGAUUCCUAGCAGAAAAAGUGUAUAUGGGACAAGGUGAAAAAGACUUGAGUGACGAUUUCAACUACCACCAGAAUCUUUCAACAAUGAUGUUAAUUUAUUGAAUGUUUAUGAAAGUUCUAAUAUUCUGUACGAGUAGUUUUUUUUUCGAAUUUUCGAAACAAGGAUGUAAUUUAUUGUUUGUAUCUUGGAAUAUCAAUCGGUAUUCUAACACACAAGAUGUUUAUUUUCCUAAAACUGAAAAUUAUAAGAGAGGACUUCGUGUACAUUUUCCCCCCUAUACCAACUGUUUGAGAUGUAAGUUGCUUGUUUGGAUAGGAUUCUGUCGGAUUUUUGUGGAUUCAGUAUUAUAUGUACGAGUAAAUCCUGUAAAUAUAAAGAAUAUUCUGAUAAAAUUUCGUUCUGUGAUGAAAAUUUUUGGGCAUACAUCAUACUCCCCCAGUAAGAAACUAUUUUCUCGUCAGAAUAUAACCUGAAUGUACUUUUUCACAAUUUCAAUAUCCGGCCAUACAUAGUUGUUUUCUGGCAUAUUUUAUAUUUUUAGAUAACUGUAUAAUAUGUUAUCCCCUUUUUCAGUUUUUCUUCAAGGUUUUCAGUAUUAAAUCGCAGGCGCAUUUCUUACACGUUUAAUGAUGUGGCCCAAUAUUUUCUCUUAUAUUUACUUUGUUUAAUUGUAAUAUAAUGUACUAUAUGUACAAAUGUAUUUAAAACAGCAAAAUGUCUGUGAGAUGGAUAGAUAAAUUAAACAGUGUAUGUCCUUUUUAUGGUGAAUAAAGAGAGAAAUAUAUUGGA